AUGAUGGCAUUAGCAACAGGAGGAGGAGGAGGAGGAAAUAGUAUUAGCGGUAGAAGUAUAAUCUACCAAAACAAUAGAACCCCUUCUUCUCUUCCUAUGAUCAGUUUGCCAUCAACGUCAAAACUUCGAAACAACAUGCAAAAUAACAAUAAUUCUAAGCAAUUUUCUUGUAAUAAUACUCCACACCACCAUCUCUUCCAAUCCAAACUUCCGACUGCUACCUUGUCUAAUUGUGUGGCAAAGACCAGCAGUACUGUCUCUGCUGCUGAUCAAGUCCAGCAAACCAUCAAUCCCACCAUCUCCACGACUACCUGGUCAGAAUUUGCUAGCAAAAUAUCUGGUGAAUGGGAUGGGUUUGGAGCAGACUUCACGACUGAAGGAAAGCCAAUUGAACUACCUGAAUCUGUGGUGCCUGAAGCUUACAGGGAGUGGGAGGUUAAGGUUUUUGAUUGGCAGACUCAGUGUCCGACCGUCGCUCAACCACAGGACCUUCUUAUGACUUACAAAACCAUCAAACUACUUCCCACCGUAGGAUGUGAAGCCGAUGCUGCAACUCGGUAUAGCAUCGAUGAGAGGGUUGUUGGAGGAGUCGAGAAUAAUGUUUCUGCCUUUGCAUAUCAAUCAGGUGGGUCUUAUGCAGCUGUCUGGCCAAUUGUGGACAAUGGUGAAUAUAAGCAAUUUGAAUUGGAGCAUUGCUUGAUCAAUCCUCGAGAUAAGGAGUCUCGUAUGAGAAUAAUCCAGGUUGUUCGUGUAGCGAAUACAGGGAUUGAAUUGCAAAACAUCAGAGUUUUUUGCGAGCAGUGGUAUGGGCCUUUCAGAAAUGGUGACCAACUAGGUGGAUGUGCUAUCCGGGAUUCAGCAUUCGCUUCCACCGCUGCCUUGAAAGCGUCUGAAGUUGUUGGCGUGUGGCAGGGUCCCGGUGCUGUUUCCACUUUUGAUUCUUCUCAAAAUGUGAGUUUGCCAGAUUCCUUCCCUGAUCUUGUCUUAUCUUCAUUUCAUCCAGAAUCAGAGAAAUUGAUCUUGGCUCAUCUUGUCCAUUGUUUACAAGGGCAUUCUGUUCUUUAA